ACCAUGAGCAGAGAGGUAAAGAGAAAAGAAGAUGCCUUGGGUUAGAUGAAUAAUGAGACAGUGGUCACGAGGACGGACCAAUUGGAUAAGAGUAGCCAAGGAGAAAGGUGGCAAAUUAUAUCACGGAGGUAUUGACAGAAAAUAAACAAAAUUCCUUAGAGGGUUGAUAUCUGCUCAGCUCUAAUGCUUUAAAGCUUAUUAUAAAUAUAAAGGUUUUGUGUUUUUUAUUUGGGAAGUAAAUGAUCUAAGGCAAGGUAGAAACUCCCAAUUAAUAUUUACUACAACAUUUGGAAAACCAACAUGUGACACAAACUUCCUUUAAUCUAAAUUAUUUCAGUUUUGCAGAUAAAAGGCAUGUUAUCCCUUUAAGAUAAAAGCCAUGAUGGCAGCUAGGAACGAAAGAGAAAUGAUUCCUUGCCAAUGUUGGGUUUUCCCCUAGCUAUGUGGUCAGGGUUCCGAGUACAGGUUAGAAUGCAUGCUGUUUUGCUGAGCGUGAUUCCAGGGUUUCAUAUCUCAGGCUAAGAAAGAAAGAGCUGUGCCCCCCAGAGCUGACAGCGGGCCAGGCAGCAGAGACCAUGGGCUACAAAUCAUAGGCUUGAACGCCAGCCCUUUCCUAGACACUGCCUCUGAACCAUAGCUUUUUAAGCUGGGGACUGAUGUUUGCCUAGUCAGGGGUUCGGGGGUUGGAGGUGCAAGGCUAAAUGCCUCUGCUGUGCAGUUAGUCCAUCAAUCACUCUAAGAGCUGGCUGCAUGCCUCCUGUAGCCAAUAGUUACAGUGAGUCACCAAAGUCUCCAUAAAAUGUGGGGCUCCCACAGGGAGACUAAUGACAACUCCUGACUCUUGAUAUUAGCUCUUUCUAAAGCAGAUAAUGAGUCCAGCAUGGUGGCACAUGUCUGUAACCUUAGCAUGCUAGAGCCAGAGUAGGUUCAUCUCAGUGAAUUCAAGGCCAACUUAUCUUGCAAAACAACAACAAAGUCAACAAAAACAAAAAUCCCAUAAGAUACUGAUGCUACCAAGCAAUAAAUUACAGACUGAUGUAAUCAUUUAAACUGUUGCCUUUAAAAACAGGUUUACAUGGCAAAAUCCUGUCCUGAAUGAAUGAAUGAAUGAAUCCUCCCAAUCUUUCUAUUAUUAACUAUUUUACACUCACAUAUACAUGUAUAUACACACAGAAUGUGUGUGUGCAUUUGUGCGCUCACAUCAAAUACUGCCCACUCUCAUCUCCUACCUCUCCACUAUCCUGGUUCACAAUUCCAACAGUCACUCUACUGUGUCCAUAUCUAUUCAUAUUGCUUGUGAUCCACUGAGAUGAACCAGAGCCAUUUGUGAGACUGUGGGUUUGGAGCCUGAUGUGUGCUGGACCCUGAUAUGCUAAAGGCACAUCACUCUUCUAGAAUCUAUGAAUCUAUCCAUAGUCAACAUCUGAGAGGUUGUGUGUGCCAUUCCCUAACCUACACUGACUGUGGUCUUGUGUGAGGCCAGUGCACAUAAAGACAGCUGCUGUUGGUUACUGAUUACAAUAGUUGUAUGGUCUGGAGAAUGCUGUGUCGUGUCUUAGCCUUUCCCCUCCUUUUUCCCUUCUUAUUUCCUAACCACCUCUUCUUCCUUGGUGGUGUCCCCAGAGGUAGAGAUUGAUGGUGUAGCUGACGGCUUAAGUUUUACUUAUUUUCUCUAUCAGGAUAGUCAAGAGUCUCUGCACCCAUCACUCUAUUAAAAAAGGAAGGAAAGAAGGAAGGAAGGAACGACAGAAGGAAGAAAUUCUAUAUUUUCUCUCAAAGGACUUUAAGUAUGAGUCAUAGAAGGCUAAUGUCUUUCUGAGUUAGUGAACUGGCAAGUCUGCCUUCUUGUGGUGAAAGCAGUACACUGCGGGGUGAAUUCUGCCUUGGGCUGGUAGCAAAAGCUACCAGAUCUCUGACUUAAGUUCUUUAAAUGUCUCUCCCUAAGUCAGAAUUUCAGUAUUUUGGCUUCUCAUGUUUGUGUGUUGGGAUGGGAGAGCCUGUUGCUGUUUGGUAUGAACUAUGUAGCCCAGAGGCUGGUUGUCAAGUCCAGGUGUCAGGCUAUCUUGGAUAUAAAGGGUUCAAAACUCACUGUGUGUGUCAAACAUUGGGUGCACAGCCUCCUAGCAGGUCCACUUCUCACUUCUGGUCUAGGCUGGCAGCAAGCAUGAGGGGAGACUGUUCAGCCUGACAUCUGGAGCUGUGUGGAAGGCAGCUUGACACAGAAUGGGAGGGAGCUAUCUCCGUAAGGCGGGGCCACUUACCCGGAAACAGAGGGUGUGAGGAUGUGGCCUGUUGAGGCGGGUGUGUGAUGUAGAAAAGUGUUCAGAGUGGGAGGAGUUAGGGGGUGACGUAAACGGAAGCUGGGAACCGGCUGAUGAGGCCUGGGUAGUUGUACUGAGAGCCAAAGCCUGAGUGUCAAUGACCUGUUCAGGUGCAGAGCAAGCAGGCCUGCACCGUGGGGAAUCAUGUGGUGCAGACCUGGGGUCAGAACACAGGGUGGACUUCGGGGAAGGUAAAACUCGGGGCUGACGUGGGCGCCGCGCGGGGAAUGGUGGGGAAGUCUGCAGUGCAGCAGCUGGACCCGCCUCCCUACCGCCCUGGAUCCUCCCAGCCACUGGUGUGACUGUGGACUUCCAGAAGAACAGGCAGUGUCAGGACCCUUCUGGGAAGGCCUUGUUGCAGAAUUUCAGCACUCUGGUUUGUGUGGGGUUCACUGAUCACCCAGACCUGCUUAUCUGUGGAAACCUAGAAGGUGGAGAGGGAGGAGACAGUACCUAAGGAUCCAGGUUGUGAUGGUUUGUAUAUGGUUGGCCCAGGGAGUGGCAUUUUUUGGAGGUGUGGCCUUCUUGAUGUAGGUAUGCCACUAUAGGCUUGGGCUUUAAAACCUUCAUCAUAGCUGCCUGGAAGCCAGUCUUCUAGCUACGUUCAGAUGAAGAGAAGAACUCUUAGAUCCUCUUGCACGAUGCCUGCCUGGACACUGUCAAACCCCCACCUUGAUGAUAAUGAACUGAACUUCUGAACCUGACCACAAACCAGCUAUUCAUUGUUCCUAAAAGAGAAAUUAAGAGAAGAGAAGAGAAACAGAAAUGGAUAAUUUUCCAGUAAACAUGUCCCAGUGUCUGUUGACAUUUGGGGAUGUGUCUGUAGACUUCUCACAGGAGGAGUGGGAAUGCCUGGACUCUGCUCAGAGGGCUCUAUACAUUGAUGUGAUGUUGGAGAAUUACAGCAACCUGGUCUCUGUCGAGAACUAUUCCACAUGUGAUACUGUUCAUCAACAUGUGAAGACUCAAAAGGAGUCUUGUCAGCGUAAUAAUCUUGGUGAAAUGCUUCGUGAUCCCUCCCAUGAUGCACUUUAUAAAAGAGGUGACACUACAGAAACUUCUAAUAACCACAGAUGCUGUAAGGACAGGGAUUCCUCUGUUGACUCAUCAAACCAAUGCAGACAUAGGAGCAUCCACACUGGAGAAGAACCUUGCAUAUCUGAAGACUGUGAGAAAUCUUUAAAUGUGUGUUCCAGCAUUAUUCAAGAUAAAAGACUCUACACUGCAAAUAAAAAGCACAGAGAAGAUGAAUAUGACAACUAUUUCAACUGUACCUAUAAUCUCAUGCAACAAAAAGUUUACCUUGAAGAGAAAUCACAUGAGUGUGGGAAAUGCGGUAAAUGUUUCAGUACCUCCUCAAGGCUCAUUAAACAUCAGAGAAUUCAUACUGGAAACAAACCUUUCAAGUGUGACAUUUGUGACAAAUCCUAUAACCGGUGUGCAAAUCUUAAAAUACAUCAAAGAGUUCAUACCGGAGAGAAACCUUACAAAUGCAAAGAAUGUGGAAAGUCAUUUCGUCAAACCUCCGUACUUAAAAGCCAUCAGAAAAUGCAUACUGGGGAGAAGCCUUACAAAUGUAAGCAAUGUGACAAAUCCUUUGCCCACUCUUCCAGUUUUAGGACACACCAGAAAAUCCAUACUUCUGAGGAACAUUGUAGUUGUUCAGAAUGUGGCAGGGAAUUUCAUCAGCUUUCACACCUUAGAAAACAUUACAGACUCCAUACUGGAGAGAAGCCUUACAAAUGCAAUGAGUGUGACGCAUCCUUUACCCACUAUGCAUCAUUAAAAUGGCAUCAGAAAACUCAUACUCCAGAGAUACAUUAUGAGUGUAAAGAAUGUGGGAAAUCCUUUCUUGAAUUAUCACAUCUUAAAAGGCAUUCCAGAACCCAUACUGGUGAAAAGCCUUACAAAUGUGAGGUGUGUGACAAAUCCUUUUCUGUGAAUUCAGCUCUUAAGAUACAUUCGAAAAUUCAUACUGGUGAGAAACCUUACAAAUGUAUGGAAUGUGACAAGUCCUUUACUCAUAACUCAAAUCUUAGAGCACAUCAGAGAGUUCAUACUGGAGAGAAACCUUAUAAAUGUACAGAAUGUGACAAAUCUUUUACUAGGUGCUCCUACCUUAGAGCACAUCAGAAAAUUCAUACUUGAGAGAAACCUUAUAAAUGCUAAGACUGUGACAAACCUUUAUCCACCUUUCAAAUCUUAGAAGACAUCAGAGAGUUCAUACUAGAGAGAAACAUACCAAUGUAAAUCAUGUGAUAUAGCAUUUAUCCAGUAUUAUAUUGGCUUACAAAUCCUAACAUUAUACGUAAUAGAAACAUAAGGAUGAGAAACUUGUGAAAGCUUUUAAUGAAGUUUUUUAAAUCUUAGAAAAUAUCACAGAAUUUAAGUUAAAAUUUUGCAAAUGCUAUUGUGUGAAAAGUUCCCUUCCCCCUCCCUCUUCCUUUGUGUGUGUGAGUGUAUAGAUGCUUUUGUGGUUGUAUCAUUGCACUACAUUGCAUAGUGCGCAUGGAGGCCAGAAGCUGGCAAGAAAUCCCCUGAAGCUGGAGUUAAAGACAUUUGUGUCUUUGGGAAUUUUAGAGAAUUGGGGCAUUGAUUCCCCAAUCCUCUAAAAGAUUAGCUCUUGCUUUUAUAUGCUAAUCUAUCUCUCUACCCCCUGGGCAGAUUAGCAAUUAAAACAUCUUGUUCAUCUUCCAAAAAUUCAUAAUAAAAUUAUUAAUCCCAUGCACGUUUGUGAGCACCAUUUAAUCCCAGCACUCAACAAAGGAAAGAAGAUACCUGUGAAUUCAAGGUUGUCUUGUUAUGGACAACUCAAGGACAGGUAGAACUAUAUAAAUGUGUCUCAAAAAAUAAUAAUGAUGACAAAAUGUAAUAACAUUAAAAAUAUGGCAGAGAUCUCUAAUUGUUCUGUACAUCACAAAGUUUAUAUUUCUGAGAAACCAUAUAAAGUUAUACCAUAUAUAGUUCCAUGUCUUGCUCUUCAUUGGGAAUUAUACCUCCCCCAAAUGCAUUGAAUUUGACAAAGCUAUUACCUAGUGCUGAAAUUGCUGACAUAAAAGCAAAUUCAUCAUGAGAAAAAACACACAAAAACUCUAAUAAACUCUCAUCUUUUAUUCACCUUCAAAUUCUUUAUACUAGAGUCAAGCCUUACAAAUAGCAAGAACAUAAGAAACUAUAAAGAGAUAUAUAAGCUGUGCAUGUAGCAUCACAGGCAUGCUCACAAACAAAUCAGAAAUUGGCAAGAGUACUGGGCUUGGUGGUGCAGACCUUUACUUCCAACACCCUGGAGGCAGAAACAAAUGGAUCUCUGAGUUCAAGAUCAGCUCUCAAGAAAAACCAGUGAGGGUGCACAGAAAUUCAUUUUGCACUAUUGAAGAAAAAUUGGGAGGUAUUAACCAAUGUUUUAAAUUAAAAGCAUAUAGCUGUCAUUAACAGCCUGUCACUCUCAAAGAGGUAAGAGAGACUAAGGGACGCUCCAUCAACUGUUAUUAAAUGGUAAUCAUCUGAUUCUUACACAGUUGCUUGUUCUUAGAAACGUCUGAAUGGUUGUGAAUCUCUUAUCUACUACCUGCUGUAAGAGGAGGCUUCUUUCACCAAGCUGGAGAGUUGUACAAACUGGAUAUGAAUAUUUAGAUGCCAAAUUAACAGCAGAAUCACUAACAAAAUUUCAAUUAGGUAUGUCCUUGGACCUACACUACCCAAGCCUUGGUGUUUGACCAUGGUAUAAAUUCCUCUCUAUGGGCAGGUCUCAAAUCCAAUCAAGAGACAGGUUGGCUAUAGACAUCUCAUUUUUGUUGAUCAUUUAGGAGCAUUUUUCCUCCCCACUACUCCAGUACAUAUUUGAACAAUUCUGUUCCCAAUAUCCUCGCUCUCUUUCAUAUCACCCAUAAUCUAUUAUCCAUUCUUGCUUCCUGCAUCUCCCUUCUACUGGUCAAUUUCUAGCUUCUACAUGCAGUCUUACUUGAAUGAACAGAAACUUUGAAGCUAAGAUCCACAUAUAAGAGCAAAUGUGCUGUUUGACUGUUAGGGACCAGGAGGCAGAAUUCACCAUAAUUUCUAGUUAUCUACUUUUACAUCAAGAUACCACACUUUUAUUUUUAUUUACAACUUGAGUAAUAUGUCAGGUUCCAUAGAUAUGUAUCAUAUUUUCACUUAUCCAUGUAUCAGUUGAUGGAUAUCUGAAUUGAUUCCGGGCCUAGUGUGGUGGUUUGAAUAGGUGUGGCCCUCAGAGAUUCAUGUGUUUGAAUCCUUGGCCAUAGGAAUUGGACUAUUAAGUGUGGCCUUGUUGGAAGAAGUGUGUCACUGUGGAGAUGGACUAUGAGGUCUCUCAGGUUCUUCCCAGUGCAGAAGAUAGUCUCCUCCAAGAAUCCUGUUGAAGAUAGUCUCCUCCUGGCCUUCUGAUGUAGAACUCCUCUAUUACCAUGUCUGCCUCCAGGAUGGCAUGCCUGUUGCCAUGAAGAUAAUGGACUAAACCUCUGAAACUGUAAGCCAGGCCCAAUUAAAUGUUUUCCUUUAUGAGUUGCCUAGGUCAUGGUGUGUCUACAAAGCAAUAAAACUGUAACUAAGAAGUGGUA